ACCGCAACCGACCCCUCCCCCUUGGUAUUGGAUUUUAGCCAGCAGUAACGGCCUAUGUCUUCCUCCGCCUCGCCCAAUAUCGCCAACGCGAUCCACUCCAACGCUCGGGUCAGGGUCCCCGGGGCCUCACGACAAGGAGAGUCAGGAAUCAGCACAAGCGACGGCGGUGGUGGAGCUAAUGCAGGAGGCCGAUGACACCCUGCAGGUGUACGAACAGUUCAAGGAAGCGUUUGAUCAACACAUGGCGCAGUGCCAUGGUGCAGGUGGGAUUGGACUGUGACGUGGUGAUAGUCGCAGAGCCAAAAGGUUUGGGGAACGAAAUAAUACUCGGGCAUCUGGUGAAUACGGCUAUUCUGGUAAAGGCCAGCUUGGCUCUACACAUUACUCAGGCGUUGUGGAGCGUGGUGGUGAUGGGCGUAGUUAUAGCAAGCAUGUCGGCGAAGGGGCAGCGAGUUGUGCGAUAAAUACUUGUUCGCAAUGGUUAGUUUUCCGUCCUCUGUUUGUAUCCAUCCACCCAUCUACACUCCUGCAGACUGUUGUAAAAACUGACGAUGAUGUUUACCUGGGGUAGUGUUGGUUUCAGUUCCGGCGCUGGUAUACCUGACCCCGGUUUCAGAGGACAAAAAUGUUUGCGCACCCGUGCUGGGUUAUUGGGGUUAAUACUAUAUUCUCGGUAUGUUUGCUCUUGUUUCCUCGUUUCUUAUGCUCGAGGGGAAACUGACUGGACGCAGAUUUUCUGGUUCGCGGCCGGCGGGAUCUCUGAUGGAGAGGGGAAAGAGAAGGACGAAUAGUGUAAGAUCAAGAAGGUGGAUGUGUAUUGUUUCCCGCUGGAACCUGUGAGUGCCCCAAAGCAUGUCGGAUGAACCAAGCAGCGGUCGGACUCGGUGUGAUUCUGUGGUAUACCCCCCCUGCACACCAUUCAUUCCUUAGUUCCAUUUUUUCCUCGUUAACUUGAUGCAGGUUUUUCUGGCUCGGGACCACUGCGGCCGCGGGCUAUGCCGCCUGGUAUUUCCGCUAUCACAGCGUCUCCCCAUUCGAAGACCUAGCCCGGCAGGACAUAACAUUGAGGAAACCACCAAGGAUGCUUUCAGUUCUAACGACGAAUGUGCCCUCAUUAAUAAAGACCUGGAUGAGCACGACGGUGACAGCGGAUUUUCCUCCCAUCACGGACGUAGUGGAAGUGUGACUAGCUACGAUACUAGUUACGAUGCUCACCCCGAUAACCCUAUUCUUUGGGGCGGCGAAGGAAGCGCGUAUCCCAUAGAUUGUACCGUAGUGGGCCACUCCAAGAAGGGCACUAAUCAAAACGGGACGCCAACGAAGCCCAGUAACCCUUUUUGCCUAGCAUCAUAUUUAUACCGUUUGGACCUGUCGAUUGAUACCUGUGACCUAAACCCUAGUUAAUAUAUCUGGGUAACUCGGUGGGGGGGAGCUAGGUAUGCACUGAAAGUGGCCCGCUCUCCCGGGAGACCCGAGAAAGUCCCCGGGCAAGACCACCCCCACACUCGAACAAGCCUGAACAACCUGGCUGUUCCUCCGUGGUACCUGGGAAAGUAUGAUAAAUCGGGGGAGAUGCACCGGUGCGUACUCGCCGGCCGGGAAGAGGUUCUCGGGCGACACCACCCGGAUACCCUAACCACCAUAAAUAACCUAGAUGUUGCGCUACAGUACCAAGGCAAGGACCUUGAAUCCGCGACUCUGCACCGGGAUGCACUGGAGGGACGCAAGAAUGUCCUCGAAGCAGACCACCAAGACAAUCGAACUGGCCUUCACGUCUCGGCUAUUGCGCCGGAACAGGACUCCAAGAGCAACGAAGCAGAAUGCGGUUCUGGAUACCGCGACAUAUGAGGGUAAGGUUCUAGCAGCAACAUUUACCGUAUUGCAGCAAUUUUCAUCACGCUAAUGCAUAAACAGCCUUGCCCCCCGGAACGCUAAAAGUGGGCCACUUUUUCAACAGACUAUGGGAUAAUGGAAUCGGAGACACGGACCAGUGGCAAUCGGCGAGAAUAGAAGAACCCCCUCGGGGUUAAGCAUGCCCAUCGCUCCGGAUGAGGAUUAUAGCUAUAGGGGAGCGACAGUGAAAUAGGAUUUUUUCUGUGUUUUCAUUUUCUUCCAUUUCUUUUCCUGGCUAGGUUUUCCUUUUGGCUCUGGUACGGAUGGGAUGGGUUAUCUCCUUUUGCGUUUUAUAUAUCCUUUUGCGGCAUGGUAUCCGGAAGGGUUUACUGCCAAGCCCAUGUAUUCAAAAGGUUUUCUCGCCUCCGCGCAUCGUAACGUAUGGCGGGCCGGGUAAUGGGGUU